AUGAUUGAACUAGAUCUCUCACUUAACCAUCUGGAUGGUGAGGUGCCUUCUAGCGGUGUGUUUGCUAACAUGAGUGGAUUCUCAGUAGUUGGUAACCAUGAGCUUUGCGGUGGCAUUCCUGAGCUGAAAUUGCCUCCAUGUCAGGUAAAGCCAAAUAAGCAGAAACAGCAAUUGUUGCUUAGUGUUCUUCUUCCAGUUGCCGGCGUUGCUAUAUGCUUAUGUCUGGUGUUGGCUGCACUCUUUCUGUCCAAGCAGCGGAAAAUAAAAAUGGAGAAAACAGAAACUGCUGGCCUUCACAUGUUGGAUGACAAGUAUCCCAGAGUUUCAUACCUUGAAAUAUCUCAAGCUACAGAUCACUUUGCACCAUCCAAUCUGAUAGGCGCUGGAAAAUAUGGUUCUGUAUAUAAAGGAAACCUGUCUCUGCCAUCGUUCAGAAAUGGUGUUGUAGCUGUAAAAGUGUUCAAUCCUCACCAAACUGGCUCUUCAAGAAGUUUCUUGGCAGAAUGUAUGGCUCUCAGACGAGUUAAACACCGGAACUUGAUAAAGAUUAUCACCUCCUGCUCUAGCAUUGACUCCAGAGGCACUGAAUUCCGAGCUCUUGUGUUCAAGUUCAUGCCUAACUUCAGCCUCAACAGAUGGUUACAUCCAGGAACAGAUGGCCAGUGUCACAAGUUGAGUACUGUCCACCUGCUGAACAUAGUGGUUGAUGUCGCAGAUGCGCUAGACUACCUUCACAACAAUAGUCAGCCAUCAGUAAUCCACUGUGAUCUCAAGCCGAGCAACAUCCUCCUUGACAGUGACUGGACUGCUUAUGUUGCCGACCUUGGACUUUCAAAACUGGUUGGCGAGUCCACAGAUAAAUCCAGAUUGAAUUCUGGGAGCUCUAUUGGGAUAAGAGGAACUACAGGAUAUGUUGCUCCAGAAUAUGGACUAGGAGGGCAAGUAUCCGUUGCUGGUGAUGCCUACAGCUUUGGAAUUACUCUGCUAGAGAUAUUCACAGGCAAGACACCAACUGAUGAUAUGUUCAGAGAAGGGUUGAGUCUACACUUGUUCGCUGAGAUGGCAUAUCCUGACAAGGUAUCAGAAAUCAUCGACCCGAUUUUGUUACAGAUGCAGCCAUAUGAAAAUGAUGAUGAAGGACUGGACAAUGCAUUGGCUUGUUUGGCUUCUGUUAUAAGAAUCGGCAUCUUGUGCUCAAAGGACACCCCAUCUGGGAGAAUGAACAUGAAAACUGCUGCCAUUGAGCUACACAGAAUCAGAGAUCAACAGAAUAAUUUGUGAGCAAAAUACCCAGGAUAUUUUCUAUUUCUGUGUCAUUCUCUUUCAAAUACAUCUGUUGUAGUAUCCAUACCUGAUGUAGUACUGUUGCAUCACAUACCUAACAGGAGUUUGAGAUAGCCAUACGGUAGUAUGAAUCUGUCAAGCAAAAAUGGACACCGUCAGACAUCCAAUGGAGCUGGGUAACUUUCAUGCA